AUGGAACAAACUUUACAGGACACUUUGGAGGGGGGCGAUGAGACUGUUCAGCAGCAACCCCCUCCACUGAAACCCGCGUCUUGUGGGGAAAAAUCUCUUCAGGAAAAACUGUAUGACAUUUAUGUGGAGGAGUGUGAAAAGGAGCCAGAAGCAGAGGGCCUUCGAAGCAAUGUCAACUUGCUAGAGAAGCUUAUGAAGAGAGAGCCAUUGCCAUGUUUAGUGGUCAGCCUGUACCCAGAAAACCAGGGCUAUUCUCUCAUGCUCAAGGAUAAAGAUGGAGUCCUUAUAGAGCCCUAUCCAGGGCCGUAUGUAGGACAGAAACUGCUUGAAUAUUUGGAUGCUGAAGAGUUACCUUCCUUUCUGAUUGAUAUUCUGGAAAAGUCUCCUGUGAAUGUUUUUCACAGUGGCUGUGUCAUAGCAGAAAUCCGAGACUACAGGCAGUGUGGUGACAUCUACCCUCCCGAGGAGCCUGCUGCAGAGGCUGCUGUGUCCUCUCCUGCUUGCCAAGUCCGGCAUAUUCUCUUACGUCCAACGAUGCAGUCUCUAGUAAGCGAUGUCGAGUCCAUGACAAGUGACAGCAGUCAGUGGACCCAGGAAGCAAAACAGGAGCUUGAGAGCCAACUGAUCUUAGCUACAGCAGAGCCACUGUGUCUGGAUCCUUCUGUUGCUGUCACCUGCACGGCCAACAAAUUGCUGUUUAAUGAGCAGAAGAUGAACACUAACCCCAUGCGGCAAUGCUUCAAGAGGCAUGCAUGCCCCUCUCUGGAUCAAGAGGAGGUACCAUCUGGGUGUUCUUGUCCCCCUGACUUAAUGACAACCACUCCUUGCAAAAAGCAGGCAAAAAUAAGUCCAGAUAACCCAUCUGACCUGCAGAUUGAUGGAACAGAAACAUGCAACCAGAGUCCCUGUGAACUGACUGUGCCUUCAGAGAUGGACUUGGAGAGCUUUGUUAAAGAGUUGCUAUCUCUGCCCUUUGAUGAGACUGAACCAACCAUCUCAGCAAUUCCUGAGGUAAAAUAUGAUUGUAUGUUUGAUUGUGAGGAUGACAGUCAGCUAUGGGAUAGGAAUGAAGAUAUCAUGGAGUGCCUUAAUACGCUUCUCAAUGAGGAAAUAGAGCCACUUCCAGAGGGCAGCAGUGCUAACGCCAUGUCUCUCCCUCCUGUUGCCCUGGAUUUGGCCUCCUUCAAGCCCGCUGGUUCCAGUGGCCACCAGAGUGACAGCGAGCAGACGGGAGCAUCCUGGACAACGCCAGGAGUGGAGCCUGCACUCGAAAGAAGUGACAUGGUCCAGUGGCAGCGAGUGAGCAGGGAAGGGCAUCUCUCCCUCAUCCAUUGCCACCACAUGGCAGUUAAGAGGGUCGGGGUCAACUCUCCUGCUCGCACACUCUCAGAGUCGGUUCACCUGCAUCCCAAUGAUAAGGUGGUAACAGUAGCCACGGACAUCAACGCAGACCCUGGCUGCUAUAGGGCCCAGAAACAAGACAUGGCCUUCAGCAACAGCCCUGGUCCAUAUGACACCAUGGCCCUGGAUACAGCACAGGCCACUCCAAUCAGAAUGGCCCUGGCAGGAACAUAG